AUGCGAGGACGCGGCAACCAUCCGCAGGGCUUCGGCCAACGUCAAGUGCCGACAGGACCUCGACGAGGGAGCUACAAUGCGCCAUCUGGAGCACCUCGUGGCAGAGGUGGCUACAGUGCCAACCCCAGUGCCAACGGGUACAACGAUGGGUCUGCCCAUGGCAAUGCCAGUGGCAGUGCCAAUGCCAAUAACAAUGCCGACAACGGUCAGUAUAGGCUGAAGCUCGACGUCAUGCCCAGGCAAACUCGCCCAUCGCCACUCGAUUUGGAGGUCAUUCGACGCGACUACCCAGAGCACCGCGAGUUUGCCGAUAGCGUGCUGCCGCUUGCCGACAAAGGACACUACCAUCCGUCACAGCAGGUGCCCAAGCGCUCACGGGGUGACGACGACGAACAACCGGAGCCGAAGCGAUUACGGACUGAUGCCGGUGGUGCCGAGAUCGAUAAGAUGAGGGCGGACAUGGAUGCUCUCCGGGCCGAGAAUGAGCGGCUCAAGACUGAGAUUGAGCAGCUCAGGGCUGAGAAUGAGAGGCUCAGGGAUGCGAGUCGUACUUCUCCUCCUUUCGUUAAGAAAGAAGAAGUCGACGAGCAUGAUUUCAACGCUCUUAGCGAAGAGUUCGACAGACUCGUUGAUGAAGAGCUUGCUCGAAUAAGUCGGUGA